ACAAGCUCGAGCACCGAGCAGCCCUCGGUAACCACGCAGACUUGCAGAAAACCGGCGAACGACCACACGCCGCAACUUCCCUACACGACAACGAACAGAGCAAAAACCAAACGCCAAGAGACACCCAAGACCAAAACUCAAAGAAGGACAGAACCUCCCGCCACAAUGAGAGAGACAGGGAAUUACAGAAAACCUGAACUCUCGAUUGGAGGGGCUAAAAUAUACCGCCCCGCUAGGAAGGUAAGCAGACCGAAACAGGAUAAGAAGGACAACUCCCUCGACAGCAAAACACACACGCCACAAACGCAGGAACGCACAGACCCACAAAGAAACCCAAAAAGCCCCCGCAACAGGACCAGCAAAAAAAACAGCGAGACCGAAACCCCGAAACCCAGAACCACCAAUGAAACGAGACAUAAAACAACCCAAAUUGACAAGACAGAACCAGGUAAUAAACACAUGAAGACGCCAAAGCGGGAGAAUAGCGCAAAAACAAACGGGUCAAAGCAGACCACUAAUCAACAAGACGACGGACCACAAACACAAGCGGCACAAACAACGAAAAAAAAAAACCUGACAAACAACACAACGAUGACACAAAAACCCGAACAAAUAACCCCAAGACCUCAGAAACACCACAGACCACACAACCAUCCGACGCCAGUCGAAGAAGACAGCAAGACAACACAAACCACCCUGGCAGAGCAAUACCAGAAUCAAAAUCAGACGACGUCGCAAAACCCAGCUCAACAUAUGACCCAGAACAACCAGCACCACAUGGCUAGAAAGACUACGCAUCCGACGAAAAGGCUCCACGAGCCCGAGGAAGGCCACGACGGAAAACAUGCAAUGACACAACAGAACAACCGAAAGAAACCAACCCAUACACAAAAACAAUCAAACGUUCAGGCCCCCAAUCAAGAUCAAACACAACAAACCCUGCCACAAAACGCUCCCAGCCAGCACGCGAGCGAAGCCGCCGACCACGACCAGCACCAACCCGCGACGGGACAUCUAAAACUAAGCGAAACGCCCACCAACAACACAACUACAAACAGACCACCCCAACCCACCAACAAAAACAAGGGCAUGGACAACAACCUGGAAAAAAACCGAGACAACAACAACAUCAACGGCCCGACGAGCACACGGAACCGAAACGCCCGGCACACGGCAAAACGAAGACCACUAACACCGGGGCGGCAAAGCACAACGACAACGCGAAAAGCCACCACACCAAAAAGGGACCGGGUCUCGACGGACCAACCCCGCCGGACCCGGAGGAAAGUAGCUCCCGCAGGCAGAACAAGACAAAAAAUCAACUCGCCCACGCGCAGCGGAAGACGGGACCAGAUAAAACAAGGCAAAAUUCGACGAAAGCCAAAAGCCCGAACGGCAAGCACACCCAACGCACCCGAACACAAAACCCUCAGCCAGGAACCACCGCCCGUGUACGACACACAAACAAGCAGGAACCCGACCAACUCUGUCCCUACCAGCGCAAGCGCGAGCGGCCACAUGCCAAAGAGGAAGCCCCGCACACACAACCCAAAUGGAACCCAAACCAGCAGCGGCGAACACCCAAGAACGCCCGCGAAGCGACCCGAGACGGCUAAGACAACGGCCACGGCUGCCCCAAUCCGAAGCCGACGAGACGAGACGGAAACCAACGCCCCGGCACACACUGCAACACCGACGGAGACAGACAGAUCCAUCCCGGGAACAGCCGAACCCCGCAGCACCGAAGACAACAGGACAAAAACCCACGGAAUAAAACCAAAGAGCGCUCACUGCCCGACCAGAGUAAUUAAGAGGUAA